AUGGUUGCUGAACUUGGACAAUAUCUUCAUGCAAUUGGGACGGAUUCCAACAGUUCUAUGGAACCCCAAAGUAUCAAAGCAAUUUACAUUGAACCUAUAAAGGGACAACGCACUGGGCACCGAGUGCUCAACCUCAAUACUAAGAAGAUGAUUUCCCAACCCAAGGUUGUUGUACUACCCGUUACCGACCAAGUAAUCCAGCGUGUUGAAGCUUGGGCUGCUGCCGAGGAUGACAUGGAACAAGGUUACUUAGAAGAAGCCUUUGAUCAGGACUAUGAACCUGAAGAUUAA